AAAUAUAUAGAAGGUCAUUCAGGAAAAUGUAAAUUAAAUGACUUCACUUAUGUGUUUUUCGCACGUUUAACACAUUAAUUCAGCACAAUUAAAUAUUAUCAUCAUCUUCUAGGUAAACAUUUCCCUGUGUGAACAUUUUUUUUACUAUCUUAAGGAAACGAUAAUUUGGUGCUAUUAGAUUAAGCACUCAAACAGCACAUAGUGUGGCAUAUGGUUCAAGGUUUGGGGUAAUCAAUUCCUACAUGGGACAAAUUGUGUUUCGCCUCGGUUGCCGGGGCGACGGGAGAAAGGUGCGCUGCACGAGCGGGGUAGACCCCGGGAAACUGACGUCAGCAUAUGGAACUCCCCUCACCAGCUCUCUCAACCAACAUCCAGUAGACAAGAGUUCAGUAGACUAAUGAAUAGGUGUGCGAACAGGCUCCAGUGAAAGAUACCGGAGAUGGUGUCAUUUGAGGACGGUGAGAAUGUUUACAAAAGGAGAAGAACGACCCCAGCAGUAGUGCUCACACCGGUCCAGCGGCGCCACACUAGCCGGCACAGAAAGCAGAAACUAAUGGCAAAGAUGAGUGACUCCGGUUUCGAGGAAGAAUUGGAAUCCUCGCCGACUUCUUCCCCCGUUCGGAUAGACGUGUCGCCGCUCCGUUCAGACGAGCCUCCUGCAGGAGAGCUGUCCACCUGGUACCUGCAGUAUGGAGACAUCGGUUACAUGAUCCAGAGGGCCAGGGAGGAGAAGUUUCAUCCAUGCAAGAGCCUUGCACGCCAACCACAACUGACUGCAGAGGCUCGGUGUAAACUGGUCAGCUGGCUCAUCCCUGUACACAAACAUUUCCGUCUAUCUUUUGAAUGCUGCUGCCUGUCAGUGAACAUCAUGGAUCGGUUCCUGGCAUCCACACCGGUGGCUGCUGACUGCUUCCAGCUACUUGGGGUCACUGCACUACUCCUGGCCAGUAAACAGGUGGAGAUGGGCUCACCACGGAUCUGCCAUCUCUUGUCUUUCUGCUGUGACGCUUUCACUAAAGAGCAGCUCUGCAACCUGGAGUGUCUCAUCCUCCUGCGUCUUAACUUCUGUCUCUCUGCACCCACCCUGGCCUUUUUCCUGGACUAUUUUACCAACUGCAUUGAUGCUGCCCAGCUUUCAUCUGCAGGCGGUGACAAGUUUGCAAGAACGACUCAGGACACUAAAAUACUCAGGCAGUGCAGCAACCUUGCACAAAAAGUGUGUGAGUUGAGUCUUGCAGACUACGCUUUCAACAACUAUCCCCCAUCUCUGACUGCUUGCUGCGCACUGAGUCUAGCCAGUGAGUUACUGAAAACUGAACAAGGGCAUGUUGUGCAUGCAAACAUGCAGUCACAGGAAGACCAGUGGGGAAGUAUUAUGGAUGAACUAUGUACCCAAUCUACGACAGCAAAACACAAUCUGGUCCAGGAAUGCAAAGACAAUCUAAGGCUGUUGGUGUCAUUAAACCAAGAGGCAUUAGAUGUGAUGUAGCACAAUUGUGCCCCAAUUCAAAAUGCCAAA